GUGCGCGGCGGCUGCGGCGGGACGAGGGCUGCGCGGGCGUGUCUCUGGCUGUGCUGGCGCAACUCUAGAUCCUUUCCAGGAGGUCAGUUAUGGGUGUGAGAGGCUUACAGGGAUUUGUGAAGAGUAGCUGCCCACAUGUAUGUAUGGUAGUAAAUUUCAAAGAGCUGGCGGAGCAGCACCGAAGCAGGCAUCCUGGAGGCACCCCUACCAUUGUGGUCGACGCCAUGUGUUGCCUCAGAUACUGGUACACGCCGGAAUCGUGGGUCUGUGGUGGCCAGUGGCGGGAAUACUUUUCUUCUUUGCGAGAAUUUGUGAAAACUUUUACAGCUGUUGGCAUCAAGUUGGUAUUCUUCUUUGAUGGCAUGGUGGAGCAGUCCAAGAGAGAUGAGUGGGUGAAACGAAGACUCAAGAACAACAGGGAGAUAGCCAAGAUCUUCCAUUAUAUCAAGUCUCACAGGGAGCAGCCUGGCAGAAACAUGUUCUUCAUCCCCUCGGGGCUGCCCAUAUUUACGCAGUUUGCUUUGAAGGCCCUGGGUCAGGAAACUCUGUGUUCGUUACAGGAGGCCGACUAUGAGGUGGCUUCCUAUGGCCUCCAGAACAACUGUCUUGGGAUUCUUGGAGAAGACACUGACUAUUUAAUUUACGACACCUGUCCCUACUUUUCCAUCAGUGAGCUCUCCCUGGACAGUCUGGACACCAUCAUGCUGUGCCGAGAGAAGCUCUGUCAGAGCCUUGGUCUCAGCCUGUCUGACCUUCCUCUGCUGGCCUGCCUGCUUGGCAACGACAUCAUCCCAGAAGGCAUGUUCGAAAGCUUUCGUUACAAGUGCUUGUCUUCUUAUACCUCUGUGAAAGAGAACUUUGACAAAAAAGGUAACAUUAUCUUAGCUGUGGCAGACCACAUAUCUAAAGUGCUUCGGUUGCAUCAAGGUGAGAAGAAGCUGGAAGAGAUGUUACCUUUGGGGCCUAACAAAGCUCUUUUUAAUAAAGGAGUGGCAUCAUAUCUUUUGCCAGGACAGAAAUCUCCAUGGUUUUUUCAAAAACCUAAAGGUGUAGUAACUUUGGACAAGCAGGUACUAUCCAUGAGUUCAGAUCCUAAAUCCAAGCAAGAAGUUCCCGUGUGCACACACCCUGAAUCCAAGCAAGAAGUUACCACGUGUACAGACUCUGAAUCCAAGCAAGAAGUUCCUUUGUGUACAUACCCUGAAUCCAAACAAGAGGUUCCCAUGUGUAUACACCCUGAAUCCAAGCAAGAGGUUCCCAUGUGUACAGAUCCUGAAUCCAAGCAAGAAGUUCCCAUGUACACAGACCCUGAACCCAAGCAAGAAGUUCCCUUAUGUACACACCCUGAAUCCAGGCAAGAAGUUCUCUUAUGCACACACCCCGAAUCCAAGCAGAAAUUACCUGUAGGUAUGGACCCUGAAUUUAACCUAGAAGCACCCCUGUAUACAAACCCUGAAACUAAACAAGAGGAUCCUGUAAGUAUGGGGUCUGAAGUCAAGCAACAAAUAACUAUGGUUUCGGAUCCUGAAAUCUUAAAGGUCGCCAGAGCACAUCACGUCCAGGCAGAGAGCUACCUGGUGUACAAUGUCAUGAACAGCGGAGAGGUCGAAUGCAGCAACAGCCUGGAGGAUGCGAUGGACCAAGCUCUGCCCAGCCAGGCCUUCGUCUACCGCCCAGUGCGGCAGCGGGUGUACUCCCUCUUGCUGGGGGAUGGCGAAGGUGGUGCCAGCACCUGCCCCACUGUCAAGGAGUGGUUUGUGUACUCUGGGAACCCACUGAGGCAGCCGGACCUCGUCAGGCCUCUGCAGAUGAACAUUCCAGGGGGAGCACCUAGUUUGAAGCUACUGUGGCUGAGCCAAGAGGCAGGAGUCCAGGCCCAGCGCUUGGACACACUCCUGGCCUGUUUUGACCUUUCCUACUCGCGGGAAGAGCUGCAGGUGGUCGAGAGCCCCUUUCAAGCGUUGUGCUGCCUCCUGAUCUACCUCUUUGUGCAGGUGGACACCCUCUGUCUGGAGGAUCUGCACGCCUUCAUUGCGCAGGCCCUGUGCCUCGAAGGAAAGGCCACCAUGGAGCUUGCAGACUUGCAGCUCGACCACGUCGACCCCAGGGCCGUGCAGCUGGGUACCCUCCUGGUCCGCGGCCUCACCACCCUGGUGCUGGUCAACAGUGCCUGUGGCUUCCCCUGGAAGACGUCAGACUUCAUGCCCUGGAAUUUGUUCGAUGGGAAGCUGUUUCAUCAGAAGUACCUGCAGUCUGAGAAAGGGUACACAGCAGAGGCGCUUGUGGAACAACACAGGUCCCGGCUCACCAGAUUCCAUGCCCUGAAGUCAGUCGUGUGCAAGGCCUGCAUGAAGGAGAACAGACCCAUCGUCAGCAGGCGGCACUGGCGUUCACACCACUCAGGGCGGAGGGGCCAACAGGGAUCCAGCGCCCACAGGACGAGCUCUGGGUACAGCCGGUCUGGCCAAGGACAGCACUGGAGGGACCAGGGGCCAGGAAGUAGACAGUACGACCCUGACCAAUGGAGAAGAUAUUAAUCAUCAUCUGGGCGAUGAAAAGUGGAUACUGUACAAUAAUGUGGAACAGCAGAGAUCGUGGGGCAAGCGAAAUGAACCACCACCAACCACACCAAAGGCCAGUCUUCAUCCAAAGAAGGUGGUGUUGUGUAUAUGGUGGGACUGGAAGGGAGUCCUCUGUAAUGAGCUCCUUCUGGAAAACCAAACAAUUAAUUCCAACAAGUACUGCUCCCAGUUACACCAACUGAAAGCAGUACUCGACGAAAAGCGUCCAGAAUUAGUCAACAGAAAAUGCAUAAUCUUCCAUCAGGAUGAUGCAAGACCACAUGUUUCUUUAAUGACCAGGCAAAAACUGUUACAGUUUGGCUGGUAAGUUCUGAUUCAUCUGCUGUAUUCACCAGACAUUGCACUUUCGGAUUUCCAUUUAUUUUGGUCUUUACCAAAUUUUCUUAAUGGAAAAAUUUCCCAUUCCCUGGAAGACUGUGAAAGACACUUGGAACAGUUCUUUGCUCAAAAAGAUAAAAAGUUUUGGGAAGAUGGAAUUAUGAAGUUGCCUGAAAAAUGGCAGAAGGUAGUGGAACUAAAGGGUGAAUAUAUUGUUCAAUGAAGUUUUUGGUGAAAAUGAAAAAUUUGUCUUUUAUUUUUAUACAUAACAAAUUAUCCCAACACUUAGUGGUAUGGAACGUCCAUGGCAAAUGUUCACAGGCUCCGAGUCAGGAAUUCAGGCAGCUUGUCUCAGCUCCACCGUGUCUGUGACCUCAGCUGAAGACAUGACAUUAAUCAGAAGCUCAUUCACUCACAUGUCCUGCUGAAGCCGGCUCUUGACUAGGGGCCUCAGUUUCUCUCCACAUGAGCCUCUCCACUGGUCCAUGGGGGCUGGUUUGGGCUUCUUCCCAGCAUGGCAAUUACCUACCAAAGACAAGUUCCCCAAGAGCUAGAGAACCAGGCAGAAGCCAUGUCGACUUUUAUAACCUAACCUCACAAGUCAUGCGUCAGCUCUUCUGCCAUAUUCUGUCCAAAAAGGUAACCAGAAGGGCCUGUACAAAUUCAGGUGGAGAUGAAGUAGACUUUCCUCUUGAUGGGAAAGGAGUAGGGUUCUGGAAGAGCAUAGACCAGAAGUAGUGCUGUAGCCAUUUUUGGAAAAUAGAAUCUCCCACACAGACCAUUUCCCUUCUCCAUAAAAACAAUGAACUUUAAAUCUCAUGUCAUCCACCCCACUACCACGCUUCCUGUUGUACUUCUUCACACUCUUCAAGAUUUGGGCUCCCAGCUCACUCUUUCCAGCAUGACUCUUGGAAUAAUUUGAACAGCCUUGGACUUGAUAGUCCUUCCAAUAGCCUAAUGUUAGUCCCUUGACGUCACUUUCAGUGGUCUUGUCUUCCACCUUGGCCUUCUCAUUACCAACAGCUCAACCCCUUCAUAACUUCAGUUUUAUUUUAUUUUAUUUUUAU